ACAUUAUCAUUUAUGGCUCUGCAGGCCCGAUUAUCCAAUUACAAUUUGCACACCAUGUGCCAGAACUCCCUGAUUCGUUUUGAGUAACACCACCCAGCAGCAGCCUUGCAGGACGGCACGGGAAGAAGCAGUGUUUGUAAACACCACUUUCGCACUUCUACGCUGCUGCAUCAGCUUCCUCUCUGUGUUGGGCCAAUACAGGGCUUCGCUACCACAUCAUCCGACCAAGAUGCUUUCACUACAUCACUAACCCCAGCGAUUAUAAGUAGCACCUCAGAACGGGCCAAGAGUGACACUGAAUCUUUAGAAGCAGGCUGUAUCACACUGCAACAACACAGCCAAUAGCUACAGUCAUUACAGAGUAUCUCUGGUCCACAAAACCACAGAACUAAGCGUGCAGCCAGUGGCUGGAGCAAGGUCACCAUUUUAAUGUUUCAGAGGAGAUGAUCAGAGAGGCAUCUGUCCUAUGAGGAAAGAUUAAGUGAGCUCGGCCUGUUUAGCCUAGGGAAGGGGAGGUUGAGAGGGGAUCUUAUCAACCUCUAUAAAUACCUGAGGGGACAAUGUAAAGUGGAUGGGGCCAAACUCUUCUCAGUGGUGGCCAGUGAUAGGACAAGGGGUAAUGGGUAUAAAUUGAACCACAGGAGGUUUCAUCAUCAUACGAGGAAAAACUUCUUUACAGUUCAGGUGACUGGAACAGGCUGCCCAGAGAGGCUGGGGAGUCUCCUUUGGAGAUAUUCAAAACCCACUUAGAUGCCAUCCUGUGUAACAUGCUCUAGGUGACCCUACUUGAGCAGAGGUGUUGGGCUAGAGGAACUCUGGAGGUCCCUUCCAACCUCAACCAUUCUGUUAAGUCUGGACAACUAAGGGCAAAGCAUUCCACCAUAAAAUCGGACUCAAUAAGAGCUGAUGAUUUAAGGACUGAUUCCACUCAGAUCUUUUAGCAGAAGGAUCAUCCAAUGUUUAUGACAAGAAUCGUGGAACCAAAAGGGUUUUGAACCAACAAAAAAAAGGAGAUGCUGACUGAGUAACCCACUCACAAUGCUCUAUCUUGCCUCUGUCUUGCACUUAAACCAAAAGUCAAAUCAGGUUGUUCUGAACAUAUACGAGGGAGGGAAGAGGCAGAACAGGAAAGCAAAACAAGACAGAGUUAGAAUGUGAAACAGAAUUGCUCUACUUUGGGUCUGAUUAUUAAUUAUUUUUUUUUAUUAAAUCCCCACCCUACCCCGCCUUUAAAAUUCAGGUUACUUAGAAAACAUGAAUCACAUAACAAAAUGUUUCAUUUUAAUAUCUCCGAAAUGUAUGUUCUGUAUUCUCUCCUAUUUUCCUCCCUUUUCAGCCAAACCAAGUUGACCAAAUACAACAGUUUUCUCCCUUAAUUACAUUUCAAGGCAAACUUACUGUCUACUGAAAGACAGGGGAAUAAGUCAAUAUACACAAGACAAGAAAAUGCAAAGUUAGCAUGAGGACAAUUGUAUUGAGGAGUUCAUAACCCUUCUCAAUUUCAACAACUCCUACAUUUAGUGUGUUAAUGUACCCCAGUCUUCUGUGCAACAGUAAUCUUCUAACAUGUACUGUAGGUCAAAGGAGAAUUUAUGUUUCAUGGAACCACUUCAGUUAAAUUACAUUACAUUAAUCUAAAUUGCCCAAUCUUAGCACAAAAGAAUUGCUAAAUAAUCACCAACAUGCAAAAACAAACCUAAACCAAUUAUUAAAAAAAAUCAGUAAUUUUAAUUUUAAAAAAUCUGUAAUAAUUUAACAACAACAACAAAGUGGUAGAAAUCAAGUUAGCUCUUAUGUCUUUUUUCCUCUAUUAUUUUCCCUCUAGAACGUAAAAGUGGAUUCAACAUUUUGAAGUCAUAGAAUAUCCCGAGCUGGAAGGGACCCAUAAGGAUCAUCGAGUCCAACUCCUGGAAGUCAGACCAAUACAAUGCACAGGCCCCUGGUUCCUUGAUCAUGUUUUAUUUUACCUUGACAAAUUUUUAUGACCUGGAGAGACUACUUAAGUCAGCCUUCUCAAAAUACAGCAGUUUACAAUGUCAUAAUAUCCUAAUGGAGUUAGUUGUUCUAGGUGCAAGUAAGCUUCUGGGCAAGGAAAAAACAGUUCAAUGCCAAUUAAGGCUUAAAUAUAAUGUCUAGUGACUCUCAAAGUCAGAACAUUGCAGUUACAUGUCCAGACGUAUUCCUUAGGCAUUUCUGCAGCUAUUUUUAACAGAAUUUGCUAUGAUCAGUGCACAUAUGUGGACACAGAACAACAGCAAAACCUCACACAUAAAUCAAAACAGCACAGUGAGUAGGUCAACAACUUCACCUUAGUUCCAAAACCUGUCAUUUUCAAAGGCAGAGCUGCAAAGAAACUAAAAAGUCAGCUUGAUACAUGUUAACUAGUCCUGGAAUUUGAUCUUUCCGUGCGGUAAUCCCUCUUUGCAUAUUAGGAAAGGUUCAAGGACAUCUACUGGUAAGAAAAAUAAUGCAACAUCUCCCAUUCUCGCUAAGAGCUUAACUGACACAUGAAUCAAACUUUAGAUGAUGAGAGAAUAAAGAAAACAGUCAAAGCUGUCACUUCUACCAGCCAAAAAUGCUGCCACAACCCAAAGAUGAGUGCAAAAGAUGAAAGCACAACUCUGCGGUGCCCAACAAUAUCGCCUCGGAAUAAUUAAACAAACAAACAAAAAAUUGCUCUCAUGGUUUGUAUCUAUGACUUCAUCAAAAACCCAAACUGCUACAGUUACCAGCCACGAGGUGACUCCAAUCACAUGCAGGCACUGUUGUUUUCACGAGAAUCUGGUGGCUUUUCAAACUUAUCUCACAGCUACCUACCAAGACAAAAGUACUCCACCACAAAACAGAUACACCCAUGCACUCAAUUACACCUCCUGGGGGGGUGUAAUUGUGUUGGGUGUUCUCUCCAUCACGUUCCAUACUGCCACAUGGGAAGGAAAAGAGUUGGUUGCUACAGGAUACCCCAAAGGCACCAUCUCCAACACUGUGUCACCACGGUGUCACCUCCUAGUUUUAUGCGGAAGUGGUCAAAAAGCCUGAAAUAUUUAAAACAGUCACUAUUUUUUGAUGAUAUAUGAACUCAGCUUAUCUGCAAGUAUGGAGUUUAUCUGCAGGUAGGAGCCAUGCCAGCAGAAAAUCCAAAGAGGUGAUUCACAAACUACUGAGAAAGGGUGCUUAAAACGAAAGCGCCAGCUCAGUUACAACCAUGGUCUUCCCGGGGCAAUGGCAUCACAUGAAAUAUCAAGAAAUGUGUCAAUAACUGAUAGUGUCGUGUUACUCCUAACACUACUGAGGAGGCCACCAACCUACUGGCACUUCAAACCACUAGAAGUUUGCAGAAAACAAAGUGGCUGAAACUAGCUACGAAGCCGCAGCGACCCUUUUGAUGAGCUCGGCCUGCUCCAAAUGCCUGCGGAUUGAGGAUUCCCUGCCCCAGACCCAGCCUCUCCCGCACAGAGAGAGUGCCCUCGGUGGGGGGCUGACAGAAGGCGGGUUGAGAGAAGGGGGCUGCCUCGGGGCCCCUCACAGCGCCGAGCCCCGUGCCUGGCUGCCUCCCCCGGCGAGGUAAGGACACCGCCCGCCUCCGCCAGGCCCCGCCGCUCCCCGGCGCUGGGCCGGGGCGGGCCCGCUUCGUGUUUACCAACAUGGGAGGAGCCCGGCAGAAGCCGCGCCGCUUUCGCUUCGCCAGAGGCUGCGGGACAGCGCUAGGGCAUGGCCCGGGGACUCCUCGCCCUGCUCUUCGUGGCUGUCUUAAUUACUGAAGCAGAGUGUAAAGAUGAUACUGAACAUCCCAUACAUGUAGCAUACAAUAGAUCUAUUACAAGAAAGAGGAUCAUUGCUAAGAGGGAAAUUAAAUGUACUGAGGAUGAGUACAAUUUAAAUGGUCAGUGUUGCAAGAAAUGUGAACCUGGUUAUGUUAAAAAUACUGACUGCCCAACAAACACUGGAGAACACUGUGUAUCAUGUAACUCUGGAGAGUACAUGGAUCAUGCCAACGAUGAGAGAGAGUGUAAGAGAUGUGCUUCGUGCGACAGCGAAUUUGGUUUUCAGGUUGGAAAGAAAUGUACCAAAAAACAGAACACAGAAUGCAUCUGUGCACAGAACUAUUUUUGCAGUUCUGUACCAUGUACUACACAUUGCGAGCGAUGUAACACAUGUGAAAAUGUCCCAGUUGAAGAAGAAUGUACUCCAACUUCAGACACUGUGUGCAGAGCAGAAGGAAUGCCAUCAUGGGGCAUUGCAGCUGUGGUCAUACUUGUGAUAGUAUUAUUAGGAACUGGACCACUAUUAAUAUUCUGCAAGAGAAAACGUAAGGGUCUUACUUGCCAGGAGAACCCAGGUGAAACACUCCCUGAAAUAAUUAUACCGCUUGUAUAUACAGAUGUUGACCUGAGCAGCCACAUCCCUAUUAUUGUGGAAGAGAUGACACUCCCACAAGUCAAGAAGUUUGUCCGUUAUCGCCAAAUAUCAGAUCCUGUCAUUGAUCAAGUAUCGCAGGACAAUAUUAAUGAUGCAUCUGAACAGAAGAUUAAGCUGUUUCAAGCCUGGUAUCAAAGUCAUGGGAUUAAAGGAGCCUAUGGAACCCUACUAAGCAGCCUGAGAACGUUAAAAAUGUGUGCUGUAGCUGAUAAAAUUGAGGAAAAGCUGAAGACAGUUGUUUCCAGCAAUCAAGAAGGGGGACAAUCUUAUAAUGAUGAUACUGAGCAAAGCAAAACCUGCAGUCAGGAAGGUGGGAAGUCUUAUCAUGAUAAUGCUGAGCUAAGUAAAACCUAUUCUGAUAGCUUGGAAGAGACAUAGCAUGGAGUCAUUUGACAGUUAUUUCUGACUGAAGUAGUAUUUUUUAAAUACUACCACUAACAAACCUUUUAAAUGCCAUUGUUGUUGGCAGCUGUGAAAGUUUCAAGGUAGUUAUAAUACAAACGAGGAAUAAUUACGAUUUUUGUAGAGGUAUGUUUCCUUUAAAAGAGUCUUACCUGUUGAUUUUGAUUGUAAAAAACUAGGAGGAGAAGUUUUCUGGCUUACUUAAUAAAAGUAGCAGUCGAAGAGUUCUGCUAUAGGACAUGCUACAAAAAGAAAAUAGUAGUAAUUGGCAGAAAGGUUUAGCCCAAAUGUGUGGUCCUGCAUGCAAAUCAAUGAAUUUCUUACGUUAAAGUUCUGAAAUGUUGCAUUUUUGAAAGUGAAAACUCCAGCGUUAAGAGUUUACGCAAUGUACAAGGACGAAUGCUUAGAGAGAAAACAAACAAACAAACACUCAACCUUUUGUACCUCAUUAGUUCUGAAUAUAGUAUUAAUGUAUAAUCAUAUUUUGCCCUGUUGUAAAUGUGAUUUCUCCCUUGUGUGAAAGCACCUGUGUGUGUAUAUUUAUAUUAGUUUUCUAUGUCAAAGCCCCCACUAUUAAGUAAAAGUAUUAUUUCCCUUAUUAUCUGCACUGACUUCAAGCCUAUUUUGACAUUAAAACCCUUGAAGGAAGCAGAAACAGGAGCUGGAGUAGCACAACAAAAACAUGGAUUUUUGAAGGCAACCUGCACAAGCGGUAAAGUCUCCAGACCCAAUCAUGCAACAGCCAACAUUAUCUUUUCUAAUGCAGGAACGGCUACAAUGAAAAUAUCAUCUAAUAAAUUAAAAUAAAUAAAUAAAUAAACCCAA